CGCAUGCCAUGAUGAGGAGGCGCCUGUUGCUGAAGAACGAAGCAACCCUAGCGCCGUUGGAUCAUCGUUACAAAAGGUACGCACUAAUGUUAGCGAACCGUUUUCUUUGAGCCGCUCGGAUAUGUGUCUGUUUAGUUCGAGGCAGACAACGCGACACUCGUCUUUCUGCGUGUUCAACAGGUACGGAUCGUUAAUCGCACUGCGCUAUUGAUGUGUUUCGGUUUCGUUUUUCAUCUUCUGCAUUUAAUCUGGACCCAGGAACUGCUUCUCAUGUGACCCUUAUGUAGGGCAUCCUCCUGCUCCACACCUUUGGCAUCAGUGACUCAGAGUACAGUCCUGAGAGCCUAACAAGUGAGAGCGAUGCCAGAGGGUGACAGGUUUUACAAGAGAGAUGGGUACUACCCCAGGGGAAGGGAGAGGGACCCCACUUAUUACGGGGAGCGGAAGGACUCCGGUCACGGCCGGAGGGACUACCGCGAUCGACCAAAAGACACGUUUGACCGUUCUCACCGAAGCCCUCCAGACUACAGGGACCCCUUCCCUCCAAGCCAGCGGGAGGACAGUUAUGAAACAUCUGUAUCCCACACUGAAACGGAGCCGUAUGAAAACCCGCAGCGUAGACACGCUCUUUACAACCUCAGGUACCUUUGCACUGAACGAGCCAUAUGCCAGAUAUUAGAAGUCUUUCUCAACAUGCUGAUAGUCAUCUGUGCCGGGGUGUCCUAUAACUCAUCCAGGACCUACACGGACCUGGCCAGUCUCGGAGGACUGUACGCCUACUACUACGGUGGGCCCAACGCCUUCACAGGCGCCGACGCCGUGCGCAUCAAGGAGCUGGACACUCAGUUCUACCAGCUCAAGCUACCUCCGUACAUCUACACCAUGGCGUGUGGCGGGGCGCUGAUGAGCUAUGCCUGCGUCAUGCUUCUCCUGGGGGUCUUCAGGGUGCCAUUUCGUUGGCCCCUCACACUGUUGGUGGAGAUCGUGCUGAAUGCCCUCAUCGCCCUGGGCUACAUCCCGGCCGUGACCUUCUACUUCAUCAAGCUCCAGGCAUCGUACGACACGGCCGUCUGCAAAGAGAGGCAGCAGAUGUACGAGAGCAAGGGUUACCAGGGCUAUGAGUGCAAACUCCAUGCAGCAGACAUCUGCGGCGGGCUGCUAGGGGUAGCGGGGGCCAUCGCCUUCGCCUCUGGAGCCGUGCUAGCCAUACGAGCAUUGCGAGAGCGCAUGAAGAAAUCCCACCAGGACCCCCCCCUUCCCCUUUAAUGAGCACACAAAAGGUUUCCUUUAAAUCCAGGUAUCUUUUUGGAGAGUUAGUGUGGUCAUUCAAUACUAUACUUCUGUUAUGACAACACAAGUGUUUUUUGCGAAGCAAUAUGUCUAAGUUUAUUUUGAACUACUGGUACUUUAUCACAAAAUAGGCUCAUAUUGCUGCAAUCAUUAUGGGACUUCAGUGUAUAUUCUGUUAGUAUUUUAAAUCUUGCCAUUCCUGUACUAAAAUCUUAGUUUUAAUUUUAUAGUGGACCAUGCUUGCUGUAAAUAUCUUGUAUUUUAUGUAAUAAACAUCCUUUUGGGCAGA